GUGAGAGAGAUUUCAGUUCUCAACCGCCAAUUCCUUUCAAGUUCACCCCCUCCACACAGACCCCAUGGAACUCAAUCACCCCCACCGCCCACGCCCAUGGCCACGCUCCUUCUUCCCAACCCUUUCUCCACCAAGCUCCCCGCCCAGCGCUACUCGCACCGGCGCUUCACCUGCUCCUCCAUCACCGCCCAAUCACGAUCCGCCAAGGAGCAACUCCUCGCCCUCAUCGCCGACCAGGACCGCGGCAUCAAGACCCAGAGCGACCCCGCGAAGCACGCCGCGAUCGUCGAAGCCAUCAAUGCGAUGGCCGCGGCGGGCGAAGGCUCCGUGACCACCGGGGAUGCGCUGUCGGCGACUUGGCGGCUGCUGUGGACAACGGAGAAGGAGCAGCUCUUCAUCGUCGAGAAGGCUCCCUUGUUCGGAACCCAAGCGGGUGACGUGUUGCAGGUCAUAGAUGUUCGGAAUCGGACGCUCAACAACGUCAUAACGUUUCCACCUGAUGGCGUUUUCAUUGUUCGAUCAACUAUUGAGGUUGCGUCGCCGCAGAGAGUCAAUUUCAGAUUUACAAGUGCAGUAUUAUGUGGGAAGAACUGGGAAAUACCAUUGCCACCAUUUGGACAGGGUUGGUUUGAUAUUGUGUACCUCGAUGAUGACCUUCGAGUUGUAAAGGAUAUCAGAGGAGACUAUUUAGUUGUUGACCGAGCUUCCUAUGAUUGGAAAGAAUGAACAGAAUCUUCAUUGUCAUUGUUAGAGCAUUUUCAUUAAUCAAAACUUACACUCAACUGCCCGUAUGGUUUCAGUGCUGUCUUUGUGCUUUAUAAAUUUCUAGCUAGAUCUUGCAUCUCUUCCGCUUAAGCUAAUUUAAUAUGUUUAUUUGUUUGACAAUUGUGUGAUCCCUGUAGCCAACCUCACUUAUUGGGAUAAGACUUUGUUGUUGUUGUAGUAGUAUUUGUUUGGCAGUUAAAGUAAGGAUUAGUUAAUGUACAUAAUUUUUUUUAAAAUAUCUUUAUAGGAAUAUGACAAUUUGCAUUGUUGGCUGUUUACUUAUGUAUUCCAAAGAUGGUGCUGAGUUGCGUGUA